AGUUGGACCAGGUGCCAACACAUUGUCCUCCACCACCAAUGACGAGACCCUAGGCAACUGUACAGAGAGCAAUGCAACAGUAUCUUUACCAACUGUAUCAACCACCGAUGAUAAUAAAUCUCCAAUAACUGCUGCGACAAAAUCAACAUCCCUCCCUGCAACCGAGGUGGAAGCACCAACAUCGGCAAUUGUUGAUAAGGAGGUAACAGGAGCCGCUGGAGCCACUGCAACAGAAAUCGCUGGAACAGGAGCAGAGGCAUCGGGAACAGAUCAACUGGCACACCCGACCACUGAACAGCUGGAGCCUUUGAAGGACACUUGGAAAGAAAAUCCCCAUCGCAGCCCUCGCUGUAAUGGUACUGGAUCACUUAUCCACCUGUUGUUGCUGAUUGUUGCGGUGGCUCUGUAGUAAAGCGUUUAUAUCCACUGUUGGAAAGCUGCGCCGAAGUUCUUUUUAUCUAAGACUUUUAGCAAAUAGUCUUGGUCCACUCUGUUGAAGGCUUUCUCUUGAUCAAGGCUGAUAAUAAUUGCUUGCCCUCCCUUUUCUGUGUGGUGAACAAUGUGCUGUAUUUUCAUUAUGUUCUCAUGUAUGGACCUGCCGAGUAUCCCACAUGUCUGGUCAGGGUGAAUGACCGUUGGCAGAACCCUACAUAGUCUCAAGGCUAGUACCUUGGCAAUAAGUUUGUAAUCAACAUUCAAUAAGGAAAUGGGUCUCCUGUUUUUGAGUAAUUCCAUGUCGUCCUUCUUGAACAGUAGUUUUAGGAGAGCUCUUUGUUGGAUGUCCGACAUUGCCAUCCUAUUGUAGUUAUGAUUUGCUACAUCUGUCAAUGCCCUAGAUGCAGCGGUCCCAAAAUUUGACAUAAAAUUCUCUGGUCAAGCCAUCCACCCCGGGUGACUUGUUGUUCAACAUCACCUUAGUGUGUUUGUUAAUUCGAGUUCUGUUACCAGGCUUUCGCAUGAUUCUUUCUCCGCCUCAAACCAGAAAUCAAUUGUCUGCCGCUUUUCACUUUUUUCCAGGCUGUGCGCUUUCUUCAAAAACAAAAUGGCGGCUAAGACAAACGAAACGUUUAUGGAAAAAGUACCCAUACCAAGUACCAAGGCAAUACCCUAUUUUAUAUGAUCCUUUUUCAAAAGAUUUUAAAGAUAAAGGUAAAAAGGAUAAUGCUUGGAGUAAAGUUGCUGAAGCUACAGGAUUAUCUAUUGAAGAAUGCACAAGAAAAUAUAAGAAUAUACGCACAAAUUACGUUCGGAAUUGCAAGAAAAGAAAACCAUCAGGCUCAGGAAGGGCAUCGGAAGAUAGCGAGGAUUCGAACAGUUACCGAUGGCUAGAUACGUUUAUUGAAAAUCGAAAGACCUUCACAAAUCUACCAUCAUGUCUGUCAUCAAGCAGUUUGUUGCCAGUGGGCACAAUUUCGGAUACAGAAUCUAGCAGCAUCAGCGAAUUUAGUAACCUGGAGAAUGAUUCAUCCUUUGUUCAAACCGAUGUCGAACAUGAGGAGGAAGACGAUGAUUCUUUUGGAAAUGUCUCAAAUAUAUCAGUCUCACCCUCACCAGAGAUCACCUCCUCUUCCCUGGGACAAGUGAGGAAAAUGAGCAAAAACAACAGACCAUGGGCAAAGGGUUGA